UUCGAAAUUCUACUCCCACGCCACUUCUGCUAACGUUAGACCAUUAACGAAAAAUCACCUUUCUUGUUCCUCUACUUCUACAAACAAACCUCACCGAGAAAGACCCAAAACCAAGAUCAAUGUCCAAUAAUUAUAAUCUUCCUUCACGUUACAUUAUUUUAUUAUUAAUUCUAUUGUCUUCUUCAAAUUUCCUUCCUUCAGUCCUGGCCAAAUCUCGUAAUCCAAUCACAGAUUCUGAGAUUAAGAAAAAGAAGAGUGAAUGUUAUGCUGAUAUCGACAGUGGAUUGUGGGGUGGGCAAUGUAAGUCUUCAUCAAUAGCAAAGGAGAAUUGUGCUUUGAAGUGCCUUUCUCUGGCUUGUUACGAGCUUAUAUAUGAAAGUGAUCCCCUUGAAGAAGGAGAGAAAGAUUUUAUAAGGAGCCAAGAGUUCAAAUACUGCAUGUAUAAGUUAUCAUUAGGAGAGAGCCUUGAAGGUGUCAGGGGUUCCUUUGACUAUUAAACCAUUUAGGCUGGCAGCAUUGAUUGUGCGAGUAUGAGUUGGAUAUUGGUUCUGUAUUAAUGAUUGUCUUUACAUGACAGAAAGUAAUAACAACGUUUUUUUUUUUUCAGUCUUCUCUCUCCACUUUUUUUUAUUUUAAUGCUUUCACUUUUUUUCAGGGCCCAAUGCAGUGAGUGUGGCUGUGGGUCGGUUUUAUCUUGUGAUUGCUAUCUGUAUUUUGAAUUUUAAUCAAGCAUUGAGCUUUUCUUUUUUUUUUUUUCAAACUCUUUUAUGGAGUCCUGGACCAUGUCCAGAGUAUAUCAAGGCGUGAUAGAGUAGUGCUUUUGGAUGUAACAACUGAACACCCGAAAAUGUAAAUCAAUUUAUGAGUUAAAUUCACACCAGAA